AUGGCGAAACUCCGCGGUCGGUCUGGUGCUUGCACCACCUGCUUGCGCCGUCGUAAAGGAUGUGAUCAAAAACGCCCAACUUGCAGCCAGUGUCGCAAAGCAUGCAUAACGUGUGAGGGUUAUCCUAACAGAUCUAGCCUAUCUUUCGUUGAUGCAACCCAGACAACCAUCAAGCGCGCGAAUACCGUUCAUCACCAUCGAGCGCCUCGUAAGAACGCCACGGCGUCCCCGGUUAGACAUGCGUGGGCCAUGGCUUCCAAUGAUACCUUGGCCGUAAAAGCGACCGAGACGGGGCAUGUUGAUCUUUUUUGGCGCCAAUAUUUGCCAAACGGACGAGAGAUCCCGUGUGAUGUUGCGCACAAUAUCACCGGGGGCUGGGUUCAGGCCGUUCAAUCCCUUUACAGAUCUGAAGACUCGGUAUUACGGGGCAUACUAUUGGCACUGGCACUGGCUACCAAAGGGUAUUGGGAGGACAUGCCGAGUGCUCGAGAACUCGGCUUGCGCCUUUACAAUGACGCCCUAGCAGAGGCAUCGACCGUGUUCCAAUUGCCCAACAGAGCUAAAAGCAAUAGCUUUCUGGCAGCUGUCCGACUCUUCACCUUAUACGAAUCUCAUUACGGGGCGCAAUUCAACUUGGAAGGCCCAACCAACUCAAGUUCUGGUUCGCUGGUGCAAGCUGACAAUUGGCUGACGCAUAUCAAGGGGGACAUCUCGUUGCUGUUUGCGCGGUCACCUUCGUCGUUUAUGGAGGGAGAUGCUCACCGACUGUUUGUGGAUGGUAGGUUUCACUUGAUCUUCUCGGCCUUGGCCGCCAGGAAGCCUACGCCUCUCGCUUCACCAGAGUGGCUGACCAUACCAUGGACCAAACACAAUAAAACAUCCAGAGACCUUCUACUAGAUAUUCUGGCCAGUCUCACUGAGAUUAUUAGUGAGACUGACGAUCUAAGCCUUUGUCUUUCAACAGGUACGCUCGGGGUCGAUGACAAGUUGAGCAGCAUUUCCUCUGCAUGUCAGUUGGUUGAUAAGAGGCUUGCCGCGUGGGAGAUGGAGUUUGCGCCGGAAGCAAUACGCCGGCUUGCCAUCAGGUCGUCGGAUUUAGACGCUCACCUAUCCAACGCAACUGCACCAACGUUGACAUUUCAUGAGCUGGCCGCUACCCAUUUGAUGACGCUCUUCUGGGCCACUUGUCUUGCCCUGGCUCAAGUACAACAAGAUUUCUGCAAUAUUACGAGGGAUGAGAAUACAUCACGAGACGCAUAUCUUACGGAUGCCCGGCCGUGUUUCAAGAAUUUAAUGGCCACCUUGCCCAUAUUGUUCGAACCAGCUGUUGGCCUGUACCGCAUGCAUGUUGCCUCUGCACCUACACAUAUUGCCGUUCGUCACUUGCACUAUCUUCGUGAUGAAGCCGACCGACAAGAAGCACAGGUCAUCUUGGGAAAAUGUCUUGCUGCACCAGGAAGCAAAAAUUUGCGGGUGAUGGUGAGAAGUCUCUUGCAGAAAUGUCCGACAGAUCUUAAGCUUGUCUCGCUUGUUGAAGGCUUGGAGUAA